UAAGAAUUAUGAAUAAACAUCUUUUUAAAGCGUUAAAAUCAAAAACAGCCAUCGGCUUGGCGGUCAUGACACGAUUAAGAACGGAUAAUUUGGAAGAUCGCACCCUCCUGUCUUGUGAAGACAUUGAAGAGGGUCUCCGGUUGUGUCUUAACGCUACAUGUUUUGCGUUUCAGGGUGCAUUCUACCAACAAGUGUUCGGUACAGCGAUGGGUUCGCCCAUCUCUGUCGUCAUUGCAAACGUCGUUAUGGAGACUAUUGAAGAGGAGGCCCUCGCUACUUUCAUGCAUCCUCCUCGAUACUGGAAGCGCUACGUUGACGACACUUUUGCCAUCAUUGCGGCGGAACAACUUCACCCUUUUCUGGAUCACUUAAACGGAAUAGAGGAGUCCAUCCAGUUUACCCUAGAAAGAGAGAACGAAGGGAAAAUAGCGUUCUUAGAUGUUGAGCUCAUCCGAUCGAACAUAAAAAAGCGGUAGUAAGGUCCCUAAAACACAGAGCAGAGGCUUUGGUGUCCGAUCCACUACGUCUACAAGAUGAAAUGAAAUUCAUUAAAGACGGGCUUCGGUACAACUCAUACCCGCCGUGGAUGGUAAAAUGGAAGCCAACACAGAAACCCAAAGAAGUAACACCUACUAUUGCUACUGUGAUCCUCC